AUGCCGACACCAAUAGAGCAAGCGCUCAUCACACUCGUGCCAACUCUCAAUUCCCUACCACAAGAGCUGAUCGAUCUCUCAACUUCCCUCCUCGCCCAAUCACGGAACAAAGCCUCGUCACUCAAACCAGAAGAAGAGAUUGGAAGAACAUAUGCCUGCGCACACAUUGCUGUCGAGCGACUGAAGAAUCGUCUGGAUAUCGACAAAAUUGUUGCCAGGCCGCCCGUCGCCCCAAGGAUCUACAAANAGCUCUAUGGAUAUUUGGAUGCGGCGUUGAAAGAGCCUGCUACACCGAGGACGAAUAGACUCAAAGAUGUAGGAGCGAUGGACACGCCUGGAAGUGGAAGAGGGAGGAGGAGUGCAUUGGGUACGCCUGGAAGUGGAAGAGGGAGGAGGAGUGCAUUGGGUACGCCGGUAGGUACGCCAUCCAAGACUCCUGCGAAGAGUGUGAAAAGUGCGGGCGUCACACCAUCAAAGACACCUGCUUCCGUCGCGAAGAGCGCGGGAAGCGUCACAACCUCUGGAAGGAGGACAAGGUCAGCUAUCAAAGCCCCACAAGAGGAGGUUGUGAUACAGGACUCGGAAGAAGAAAGACAGAAGGUGUCAGCACAAGAGCAAGAGAAGGACGACAGUCUGCCCGACCAAGUACGACCUCUAGCUGAAUCAGUAUGUGAUGCUCUCGACGUACCACAAGCCACGCCGCACGUCUGUGCAGCUUUAUCUGCUAUCCUGCAAUUGCGAGGUUGGAACGAUACCAAGCCAGACACGCUCAAGUCCACCNCCCGUUCUUCGGCCAAANAGCGAAAACGAACAUCUACAGAUGCAGACGAGAUCGGAACACCCGAAGAUACCUCAUCUAUCACACCAUCGUCUCUUCCAGCCCUCAUCGCAGCAAUCUCUCUAGUCACAACCUUCACUCUGCGCAACACAGUGAUAGACGGCACAACCUACGCUACUGCCCGCUCUUCUGCCAUCGCGGCGCUUGGACCCAACGCGCUGUUACCAAACGACGUCGACACCUUCCUUCACGCAAGCAAGAUAGAAGGCUGGCUCGAACUCNCCUGGUUCAUGACUGUGAAAGCCUCUACCAUCUCUUCCGUCCCUCAAGCACAAACACCAAAGAAGAACAAACCUCCUGCCAAGACGCCUUUACACAGAAAGGAGAAACACGCGCCUCGACCAGUGCACAAAGAUGCGGAUAUGGACACAGUAAUAGAGGAUGCCGAUGCAGAAGCUGAGGAAGAAGAUAACGAUAGGCCUGGUGCGGGAUUGAAGUCAGGCUUGGGGACUAUGUUCCAAGAUUCGGUAGACUGGUUGAGUGGGGAGAGGAGAAAGACAUAUAGGGUUUGGGAGAGGAGUAUUAGGGCGAAGUGUGCUGAGAUUGAUGGGCGAGCUUGA